AUGAAGGAGCUUGUUACGUUACACAAGCCUAUCAUGCUAGACGGAGGCAACUUUGGACACUGGAAAGCACGAAUGAGACAUGUGAUCAGAGGGAUCGACGAGGAUGCCUGGACUGCUGUUGAGGAUGGGUGGUCUCCACCCACUGUGAUGAUGGAAGAUAAGACCUUGGGUCCGAAACCUAAGGAUCAGUGGACAGAUUCAGAAAAAUCAGCAUCAAAAUUCAACUCUAAGGCGUUAACUGUCAUCUUCUCUGCUGUCGAUUUGGAACAAUUCAAAAUUAUUCAAGGAUGUGAGUCGGCAAAAGAAGCUUGGGAUACAUUGAUCAAUCACUUUGAAGGAAACACAAGUGUACGACGAACCAGAAUUGAUCACUUAGCCUCAAGGUUUGCGAACUUGCGCAUGGGAGAUGAUGAACCUAUCGAUGGGUUUAUCUCUAAAAUCAGUGAACUGGCUAGUGAAUCUUCAGUCUUGGGCAAAAAGUAUGAAGAAAAGGAUCUGGUGAAGAAACUCCUGAGAUGUUUACCUCCUCGGUUUGAAGCAUACAAGGCGGUUCUCAAUAUAGCCGUUGACACUGAUGAGAUGAAGUUUGACCAACUCUCUGGUAUCCUGAAGGUUCAUGACCUUGAGAAAUCUGACCGACAGGAGAACACUCAGAAGAGUAUUGCCUUCACUGCUAAUUCUAAAGAUGAUGACAGAGUCUCUAAAAUUGAAGAUAAUCUGAGUUUAAUGGCAAAGAACUUUAACAAGUUUAUGAGACGAGUUGAAAAAGGUGGUAGCAGAUCAAACAGUCGGUUUCAGAGGAAUGAAUCAGAUCGUGGUAAUACACAGUCAUCAAGGUCAGAUGCUUCAAAAAGGAAGAAGGAGCUUCAGUGUCAUGAAUGUGAAGGAUAUGGACACUUUCGGAAUGAAUGUCCACUCACUAAAAGGAAAGAACUCAAGUGCAUAGAGUGCAAAGGAUAUGGUCACACUCGCAGUGAAUGUCCAAAUAACUUGAAGAAAGACAAGUCACUUUUGAGCUUCAGCGACACAGACUCGGAUAGUGAGAGCGAUGAUGGGGAAUUACAUCUGAAUUUUAUGGCACUCGUAGCACAUGAAGGUGUGACUUCAGUCUCUGACAAAGUGGAAGAAGUAAUGGAGGAGGAAGACGACGAGCUCAAUCAUGAUCUGGAAACAGAGUACAAGACACUGUUUAAUCAGUUUACUGAGCUUAGCCAUGAAAACCUUCAGCUCAUAAAGGAUAGAGCGAUGUUGAAAGCACAAGUAAACAUCCUGGAACUUGAGAAACCUAUAACACAACCUGCUGCUCUUUCAAUCUUAAAAGAAUCUGAUCAAGAAGUUCUGGCGUUAAAACGAGCCAUGACUGAGCAGGAACGAUCUCAUAAGGAGUUUGAGGCUAAAUUCAAUCAGUUGAGCGAACUAUUUCUUCAAGAAAAAGAUAAGAGUAAGCUGUUGGAAAGUCAGUUGGCUGAAAACCUCAAAAAGGUCAAGAUGCUAUCAACCGGCACCAAGUCUUUAGACCAUCUGCUGACUUUGGGACAAUGCCCCAGCACAAGCCGAGGGCUUGGAUUUCAUGGAUCUACCUCCAAGUCGGAUCAAGAAGGACAUCAAGUUGUGUUCGUAAAAGAAGUCUCCAAGGAGGAAAAGGUUGCUGAACCACGUCCUCCUCAAGCUCAGCCUGCUCUCCAGAACACUGGGAAAUACGAGUCUAACUCUCGUGCAAGACGUCGUGGGAAUGGAUGUCACUUCUGUGGAAAACGAGGACAUCAUGUCAAUUUCUGUUACUUUCGAAGACACCAAUAUGAGCGAGCCUGGAGGUUAAACUUGUGUUUCAUGGAACCUUCUAUGUAUGGACACGUCUGGAUUGCUAAAAGAGACUUAUAUCCAACCUACAAAGAUCGCGUCAUCAACAGGUCACACAAGGAACUUCCUGAGUCACACACCAAACCAGAGAUGAAUCUGGCAUGUAACUUCACGAGUAUAUCAGAGAAAGUCAACUUUGUAAGUCACGUUGCAUACACCAGUGCAGAUGGGGGUUCUCAAAUAGAUUCUCCUUGGUACUUUGACAGUGGUUGCUCAAAACAUAUGACAGGAAGCUAUGAACAUCUUGAGAAACUUCAACCUAUCAAGGGUGGAAAAGUGACUUUUGGUGAUGGAGGACAAGGAAAGAUACGAGGCGUAGGAGUAACUGAUAGACCGGAUCUACCUCGUCUUAUAAAUGUAUACUAUGUUGAUGGCCUCAAAGCAAAUCUUAUCAGUGUAAGUCAACUAUGUGAUGAAGGUCUAGAAGUGAUCUUUAAUAGUAAGGAAUGUCGUGCUGUGGAUCCACAGGGGAACAUCGUGCUGUGUGGAAUUCGAUCUGGUAAUAACUGCUAUAUGUGGAAGCCUACAAACGUGUGCUGCUCAGCGACCACGUCUAAGCUUGAUCUGUGGCAUAAGAAACUAGGCCACAUGAACAUCAAUGGACUGACCCGACUUGUUAAUGCAGAAGUCGUCAGAGGAGUUCCAGACUUAGAGUCUCAGACAAGUACCGUAUGUGGAGCGUGCUGUCAGGGAAAACAAGUUAAGGUGCAACACAAGCGAAUCCCUGAGAUUAGAUCCAAGCAGUUGCUAGAGCUUGUUCACAUGGAUCUCAUGGGUCCAAUAACUCCUGAGAGCGUUGCAGGAAAAAAGUACAUUCUGGUCAUGGUAGAUGACUUCUCAAGAUAUACAUGGGUGGACUUUCUACGAAACAAGUCAGAUGCCAUUGAUAGUUUCAGAAUUCUUGCAUUACAACUGAAGCAGAAAGGUGGAAUCAUGGAAAUCAAGAGUGACCAUGGUGGUGAGUUUCAGAACGAACAGUUCGAUAGUUUCUGCCAAAGUCAAGGAAUUCGACAUCAAUAUGCAGCACCCAGAACUCCAUAG